UGAAGUGAACAAACAAGUGGUUGCAGGCAGCCAGCGAGGUGUUGUAAAAACAGACUGGAGGAGGCGGGGAGGGAUGCACAUAAGAGAUUUGAUAUACAUCAGUGCUUCUGCAAACAUGGAUGAGUCAUUGGUCUCUGAAAGAAACUCAGGGCAGGAGGGGGAAGGAGGGCGCUGCUCUCUCCAGGGAGAGGAGAGCUCGCUGUCUGGCGUGUCAUUUCUGAGGACUAGGCACGACAAGAGACUGGAGAGGGAGGCAGGAAAGAGAGGGGGAUUAGGUGUCUGAGUGGGUGGGAUUGAAGAUGAUGGGGAGGAAGAGGAGAUAUAGAGAGAUAGCUAGAGAGGGAAGAGGGGGUUUGUUUGUUGUUUUGUAUUUGGCCCAUCACUCUUGAAGUAGAUUUUGUUAGGCUGGUUAGAGGAACCUAGUCCAUAGAGACCUGAAUUCAUUACUCGAGUCACAUCUACAGAUUUUCCCCCCCUCUUUUUUCUCUCUCUCUCUUUCUCUCUCUCUCUCUCUCUUUUACUGAGUAAAUCUGGAUACAGAGAGUGUCAUGUUGCUCUGGAUGGGAAGUGAGACAGUGGGGCGAGAGUAAGAGGAGGAUGGCGUACACACAGAACAGUUGGAGCCUAUCAAUGAGGGUCUUCUGUCCAGACUGUCUGACUUGCUGUUGUGUCGCUGGUCGUGUCGCUCCUGUUGGCAGUGGUGCUGGGAGUGCAGCUGCUGUCAGUCGACUGAUGAGGAGGUGGAGAUUCUGGGGCCUUUUCCAGCUCAGACUCCAUCAUGGCUUGUCAAUGAAUGCAAUGACGAUAAAGGCACAAAUUCUCACAUCAUGGCUCUCGACCAUGCUUUACCUGCUCAAUCUGACACCGCAACAAACUGCAGGCCGCCCACCUCAGAAACGUCCCGAUCCACCUUCAGCCUGGCUGGCCAGCACUCCAGUCUGAACUCCCGACGACCAAGCUCCCCCAUGGUGGAUGUAAAGCCGAUUGAAUUUUGGGCCAUGGGACCCAGGAAGGAAGUGGUGCAGCCCCUGCGUAAGCCCCCGACACCACCAGAUGACUACUUCCGCAAACUGGAGCCUCAUCUGUACUCCCUGGACUCAUGCAGUGAUGAUGUUGACUCUUUGACGGAUGAAGAGAUCCUGGCGCGAUACCAUCUAGGCAUGCUGCACUUCAGCACACAGUAUGAUCUUAUCAAUGGCCACCUUAGCGUGCGAGUCAUCGAGGCCCGGGAUCUGCCCCCUCCGGUAACGUGCGACGGUGCUCGCCAAGACAUGGCCCACUCAAACCCCUACGUGAAGAUGAGCCUGCUCCCCGACCACAAGAACUCCAGGCAGACUGGGGUUAAACGCAAGACCCAGAACCCCGUGUUUGAAGAGCGCUUCACUUUUGAGCUCCCCUUCCUGGAGGCCCAGAGACGCACCCUACUGCUCUCUUUGGUUGACUUCGACAAGUUUUCACGCCACUGUGUCAUCGGGAAAGUGUCUCUUCCUCUUAGUGAGGUUGACCUAGUGAAGGGAGGGCAUUGGUGGAAGGCCCUGGUGCCCAGUUCUCAGAAUGAGGUUGAGCUUGGUGAGCUGCUUCUGUCCUUAAACUACCUGCCCAGUGCUGGCAGGUUAAAUGUGGACAUCAUCCGAGCAAAGCAGCUGCUUCAGACCGACAUGUGCCAAGGUUCAGAUCCUUUUGUGAAGGUGCAGUUGGUGACAGGUCUUAAGUUGAUGAAGACUAAGAAAACGUCCUGUAUGAGAGGCACCAUUGACCCCUGCUACAAUGAGUCCUUUAGCUUCCGUGUGCCUCAAGAGGACCUGUGUGAAGUCAGUCUUGUGUUCACAGUUUACGGGCACAAUAUGAAAAGCAGCAACGAUUUUGUCGGCCGCAUCGUGAUUGGCCAGUUCUCCACUGGCCCGCAGGAAACCACGCACUGGCGCCGGCUCAUGAGCUCCCAGCGCACCCCGGUGGAACAGUGGCACAGCCUGCGCUCCCGUGCCGAGUGUGACCGCGUCUCUCCUGCUUCUCUGGAGGUCACAUAAUACUAACACGGUAGAGUCAGUGAUCUAUGGAAAAGAACUUUGACUUAAAACGCAAACAUCUGGGAGCGUCUUGAGGUUUCAGUGUGUUAUUUUUAAGGGUUUGAAUCUAUUCUCUAUAGCAGUGAUUCCCAACCCUGCUCCCGAAGGACCCCCAACACUGCACGUUUUCUUUGUCUCCCUAAUCAAACACACCUGAUUCAACUCAUCAGCUCAUUAUCACAUGGGGAAACGUGCAGUGUUGGGGGUCCUUCAGGAGCAGGGUUGGGAAACACUACUCUAUUGAAUGGGGGGCUUUAUCUCAGUGUUAUUUGUGUUCACUCUCCCUUAUCAUUAAUAUUAUGGGGAGACGUAGAUUGUUGAAGAGACCUCAGAGAUCGUAGAAAAGACCUCGGAGAGUUUUUCAAUUUAUGAUGAUGAGCAGAAGCCUGCUGUCCAUGUUUUCUUUUUAUCACAUUGAUACUAUCUUACACGGGAGCUGAAUAAUCUCAUCAUCUUCUGAUCGUCAGCUGCAUUCAGGCUGUGAGGCUCAGGCAGUUUGGACCACACCUAACCAAUGGUAUGGUCUGCUGUGUCUUAAUCAUAUUGUUUCUUUUCUUCAGACUUCAAUAUGAUUGCAGUUUUUGAGGUAGUUGAAAAUCUGUGACAGCACAGAAGGAAAUUUUUAAUUUCCCGGUUUGACUGUUUCAAAUCUGAUUUUACACCAAAGCUUGUGUUUUGUGACCCGUAUCACUGUCCUCCAUGCACAUUUUGACCUUUGAUUGUGUGUGUAAAUGUUUGUGAGUGUAUGUUUGGUAAAUGUUUGCACUUAUGGCAGCUGAGAUUUACAGAAACCUUAAGAGGCCAUGCAUUAUUUUAUUUUAUUUAUUUAUUUAUUUUUGUUUUGUUUUUUCUUAAUCUUGACUUAAUUUUUUUGUGAUAUGAACAUA